UGUCAAAAAGUUGAUCCACAAAAAUUGUUUAUCAACGUGAUUUUGGAUAUAAGUUUACAGUUUUCAAGAGUUUAUUUAUGUUCUAACAUGUGUAAGAUCAAAUAUAUUUAACGAGCAAAUUCAAGGUUGUGCAUGAAAUGAAAUGUAAAUUACAUGGUCUGUUUCAUCUAUUAACAAAUGGUAUUUUUCAAAAUAUGGAUAACAAUGCUUGCACCUGUGAUGAACAACAAAAAGAUGCUGUAGAAGCUGGACCAAGUACAUCUCAAGAACCCCCUAAAGAUACAAGCAAAAAGAGCAGAUUGAACUUUUUUAACAUUUGCCGAGAUAAAUCACUACCAUUUACUUCUAAGCGCGAAAAGAAAUCCACAUCUUCAUUUAAAACCGCAAUCACGAGAAAGCCUGCCAAAUGGGGAGGAAUUAGAUUUGGAAGUUCUAAAAAAGAUUUCAAAGUCAGUUCAACGCAAGAUAUUCAAAACUGUUGCCGUUGUACUUGCUACCAUCGUACUAAUGAGAUUAGCACAAGCCAAAAUAUGGUAGAAACAAGUGAUAAUAAUACGGAAGAACAAGAAGAUACAUUAAAUAAAAUCGAACCGAUAGUUCAAGUUGUCGAAGGAACCGAUUCGAGGGAAGAGGAGGAAGAGGUUAGUUCCAGUGAUCGAAGCGUCGCUGAAGUGGAAGGUGUCAGAGGUAUAUAUGGAACUGCGCCUGUCACUAGUUCAAUUCCAAAUAUAAUAAUUAGUGCACCCUUUAUCGAUAUGCAGUGGACGCGGACGCCCCAUGAAGAUAUGGAAGAAGCCGCACGACAAGCACGGGCAAGGGAAAUCGAAGAGGGCGUCGUCGCUCCUGCCAAUUUCCGAUUUAUCCGAAGGGUGCAGUUGCUUUGUUCCGAUACGGAGGCAGAAUCUCAAGCGCCCAGGAGGUUGCAGUUGGUUUGCCCUCCGGAUUUGAACGUGGAAUCGUUGAGAGCUUUAUUUCAGAAUCACGUUACCGUUCGAUCGUGCCCCUUAGAUACGAUUGCUGGAUGCCACACUCAAGUCGAUUUUAUACACUGUUUAGUGCCUGAUUUACUUAAAAUUACAAAUUGCAGUUUUUACUGGGGAAAAAUGGACAGAUAUGAAGCAGAAAGGUUACUAGAUGGAAAACCAGAAGGCACAUUCCUACUUCGAGAUUCCGCACAAGAGGAAUUCCUAUUCAGCGUUUCAUUCCGAAAAUACGAAAGAUCUCUGCAUGCUAGAAUCGAACAGUGGAACCACAGAUUCAGCUUCGACUCGCACGAUCCGGGCGUGUACACCUCAGACACGGUGUACGGUUUAAUCGAACAUUACAAAGAUCCGAGCAGCUGCAUGUUCUUCGAGCCUUUACUCACCUGGCCUUUGAACAGAAAAUUCACAUUUUCGCUGCAGCAUCUAUCGCGAGCUGUAAUAGUAAGUCGAUUGACCUACGACGACAUCAAUCAGUUACAGUUACCUAAGAGUUUGAAAACGUACCUCAAGGAGUACCAUUACAGGCAGAAGGUCAGAGUUGAACGAUUCGACGACGAUAUGCAAUGGUUGGAAGUUCGGAAUGUGCCCUCCUGAUCCGAGAUGAGACUGCGUCAGUUCCGCGCCAUUAUAGCGGGCAAUUAUUAUUUCCAAGCGUGAUAAAUGUGUUUUGAAUAUAAGCUAAUGUGCAUUUCAGUCGUUCGGCUUUCCGGAUAUUGAAAUGUACAUUACCUUGUAUUUAAAUUUACAUACAGAUUAAGAAAAAGGUAUGAGAGCCAUAGGAUAUAGACACUGUGAGGGAACAGCCAUCUCUAUACUCCUGC